UUUUCAUCUCCAUGCCCACUAUGAAAAUUCUCAUGUGAUAGAUACUUAAAUUUGCACAUUUACAGCAAUGCAAUUUGUACUUAAGUGUCGGUUUGAUUCAACUAUUUAAGCUUAAGCUUUGUUCUUUUUGUUGAUAUCUUCUUGUUGGCUCAUCAUUCUUCAUUCAAGUUAACUUCAUGUAAAACUACUAUUCUUACUUUUUAGCUAUACUUCUUGAAAUUAUGAAAUUCUCGAGGUGAAACAGAAUCGAAUCCAAGACAAGAGAGGAUAAACCCCUUAACCGCUUGGCUUGGGGCUGUUUAAGUACUUGAGUUCAGUUGUUUUUGGUGAAUAGUUUGAAACAUGUUGCACACGAAGUCUGAGUCUGAUGUUACUAGCUUAGCUACAUCAUCACCAUCAAGAUCAUCACCGAAAAGAGCAGCAUACUUCGUGCAGAGUCCUUCAAGGGAUUCUCAUGAUGGGGAUAAGUCCUCGUCAAUGCAGCCAACUCCGAACUUCAAUAGUCCUAUGGAGUCCCCUUCACACCCUUCGUAUGGCCGCCACUCUAGGAAUUCUUCAUCCAGUCGAUUCUCGGGGAUUUUUAGGUCGUCCUCAGGGAGGAAAGGAGGGAAGAGGAGGAAUGAUAAAGGGUGGCCGGAGUGUAAUGUGAUUGUGGAAGAGGGUGAUUAUGAUGAUGAAAACAGAUUUACGCGAAGGUAUCAGGCUUUGAUUGCUUUGUUAGGGUUUAUCGUGUUGUUUACAGUGUUUUGCCUGAUUAUAUGGGGCGCAGCUAGGCCUUUCAAGGCCGAGGUUACUGUCAAGAGCUUGGCUGUCAACAACAUCUUCGUCGGAAUGGGUCCAGACUUCACUGGAGUCCCAACAAAUAUGCUCACAGUGAAUGGUACAUUGAGGUUGAGCAUAUACAAUCCUGCAACAUUCUUUGGCAUUCGUGUUAGCUCUACCCCUGUCGACCUCAUCUACUCAGAUGUCGUCGUUGCAACUGGUCAGUUGAAGAAAUAUUUUCAACCGAGAAAGAGCCAUCGGAUUGUACUAGUGAACCUGGAAGGACUCAGAGUUCCGUUAUAUGGAGCUGGAUCAGCCAUAAUCGAGACCAAGACCGGUGGUUACCAGGUUCCACUGGAUCUGAAGUUUGAGAUAAGGUCACGCGGAGACGUGGUAGGGAAACUGGUAACAACAAGGCAUCGGAGGCAUAUUUCGUGCUCUCUGGUCAUCGACACUGUCAAGUCUAAACCUAUAAAAUUUAAGAAGAAUUCAUGCGAUUAUCGUUGAUGUCCACACAAUGCUGCUGAAUGUGCAGGUUUGUUUAUAUCAGUUCGAGAACUGAUUUUUUUGAAUAUGCAGGUUUGCUUAUAUCAGUUCGAGAACUGAUUUUUUGUUGUAAUGGUUCAGAUGUUUCUGGUGUGUUGGGUUCAGAAAUCGUGAGAGACCUUUGCAGGAGUUUUAUGUACUGGGUUCGGAUUGUCAAGGACUUUGAUUUUUUUGAUCUUUCAAGGUGUGUAACUUGUAAGAUAUGUUGAACUAAAUCAUAACUGUGAUUAAUGUUUUGAACAUUUUCAUUA